AUGGAAAGUUGGUCCGUUGAUCAAGUCUGCAACUGGUUGAGACAGAGAAAUUUAGGAGAACUAGUUCCUAAGUUUCGUGAAGAAGAAGUGAGUGGAGCAGCUCUUCUGGCUCUUAAUGAUCGUAUGGUGCAGCAGCUGGUGAAGAAGAUUGGGCACCAGGCAGUGCUGAUGGACCUGAUUAAUAAAUACCAGCAACAAAAACGUGGGCUAGAAUCCCUUACACACUGUUGUGAAACAGCUUCUCCAAAAUUCCCACAAGUCAUCAGUGGGGCUACUCACAGACAAAUGUUAAAUUCUUCUGGUCCUGUGGAGCAGAAAAAAUAUCUGUGCUCAACUGAAAAUGAAGAAGGACUAAUUGAUCACAGAGUGCUAAAGCAAAAAAAAAAUCUGAACUCAUUUUUUGCAAGAUACAAGACGUUGCAAUGGACAAGUUCUUAUGCUUUGCCGGACUUCCCUUAUGAUGUCAAGUGCAUAUUGGCAGAAAAAAAAUGCCCUGAUCACAGUAUGAGAAUAAGGAUUAUUGAAUUUUUACAAGCAGACAUGACAAAAUACCUAGAAGGAUCACUGUAUCCGAACAGUCAGCAAUAUAACAUUGUUGUCAAUGCUCUGCUGCAGGCAUACCCAUUUCUUGAUGAAGAUGGGAAUGGCUUUUUGCUAUGGAAACGGGCCCUUAAAGAUCGUUUCAAAUAUGUGCGGAGACCCAUUGAAGAUGAUGAGCAAGUCCUGAGGAACAAAUGCAAGUUUGGCCACAGGCGAGGACAGACCAGGAAAUCUUCAUUUGCUGAAAACAAACCUGAUGAUGUCCAGGUACAGGUAGAGGAAGAAUCUGUUCAUCUUGAAGGCAGUGCAAUGGAUGUACAUAUUAAGUGGCUUCAGCAAGAAUAUAUGAAAUCUCAGAGGAACUGGAAAGAAGUGGAUAACAGAAUGAAUGUGACAACAGAAAUACGGAGAAAGAUGAUCAGUGAUAAGGCACCUUUAAAAGACAUUCUUAGACUAUUUCCUUUCUUAAGAUGCCCUUAUCAGCUUUUUAGGGAGUUCCAGCUUCUCACACACAUGGACAUUUAUAAGAAAACAGUUGAGAUUUUGGAGAUUUAUUCAGAAAACAUAUUAUCUUUGUAUGUGGUGAGGAAUAAUCCAAUUAACAUUAUGCUGCAAGAAAAUCUGAAGCGGCACACAGAGGAAGACAUUCUGAAAUAUAUGAAAAUGACUGCUGCAUGUUUACUUCUGCCAGAUGUCUUUGGAGAUGAUUCCAGUCUGUUUGCUGCAGUGAAUGAGGAGGUAAAGGCAGUGACACCAGUGUUGGAAGUAAAAAAUCCCUUCAACGUGAAUUCAUGCGAGUUUGCGCUGUAUGUAGAAAGAGAAGAGCUAGCCCAGCUCGAUGACUGCACCAUGGCCCUGGCAGCGCUGGUGGCUGCAUUUCACGUGUUCGAUAUCCCAUGCCCAAAGAGAAUCCACAGGACGCUGAAUUUCCUGGAGUCACUGGUCUUUGACGUGAGAAGCCCAGCAUCCCUGCCCACGCAGGUGAAGAGAGGGCUGGAGGCACCCAAGUAUCCCAGUAUCUGA